GUUGAAAUGUAAAACAUGCAAAACAUUAUAAAAUUUUGUAACCCAAGACCCAUUCUUCCUCAAUUUUCCUGCCCUUUCUUUCUUUCUUUUGUUGAUUCAAGUUUAACCAUCAUCUGCUUUCACUUUGUAAUUGUAUUGUAUACUAUUAUCUUCCCAACCCCUUUCCCUCUUUUUUCUUUCCGGGGAUGGUUAUGAUUGACAUCAACAACUCCAUCACGGCAGUCAUUGUGGCUGUAAUUGAGCUGGUUCCUGCCCUUUUUGAGGAACCGUUCAUCCGUGAUGCCAAAUAUCAGGCUUCCAGAGAAACAGAUCUUGAGAAGGGAACUCAAGUUCUGCAGAGCAAUUCUGACUUUGGAAUGGAUGAGUUCAAUAAGCAGAUUCAAGAGGCUGAGAUACAAGUGGAUAAGCUUUCUGGACUUCUUAUUAACUUGAAGACUUUAUUGAAAGAAGUUAAUGAGGAAUCUAAAUCUGCUACAAACACAUCGGAGAUAAAAGCUAUUAAGAAGCGGAUGGAAAAGUAUAUUGAUGAUGUGGGAAAGAACGCGUGUAAUGUCAGAGGGAAGCUGCAAGUUAUAACUAUAGAUAACAUAUUCCAUAGGCAGAUGCCUGGAUGUCAGAAGGGAACUGCCUGUGACAGAGAAAGAAUGAACAUGACAAAUGUUUUGACAAAAAAGAUUCAGGAACUGUUGAUGGAAUUUGAGGCCCUUCGUCAAACAAUUCAGGAUUGUGAAGUUGUGGAAAGACAAGUGACUACAGUUACGGGUACAAGACCAGAUGAGAUGGUCAUUGAUCACCUUAUAGAAACUGGAAACAGCAAGCAAAUAUUCCCGACUACAUUUGAACAAAUGGGACGAGGAAAGGUCACAAGUACUAUGGAAGAAGAGAUUCAAGAGCGACUUGAUGCCGUUAAGGAAUUUGAGAAAAGAUUCUUGGAAUUGUAUCAGCUUUACCUGAAAACAACCGUUUUAGUGGAGGGCCAUGCUAAAAUUUUGGAUAAAAUGGAAAAUCAGGUAACGGAUGCAGUCAACCGCAUUAAAAAAUUCGAUGAGAACCAGAAGAUACAGAAAUUACAGAAUAUGUCAAAAAACUGGAUGAUCUACUACAUGUUGUUCAUGGUGGUAAUAAUACUCAUAAACGUGCUCGCAAGCCAAGAAAGAAGUAACUGAUGGAAAUGAUACCAGAAAGUGAAGUCAGUUUAAUUGCUAAAAGACUGUUGUUGGCUUGAACAGAUAUCAGCUUCCUCACCUUACAAAUUUUAUUUAUAUAUAUAUAUAUAUAUAUAUUUAGUUUAUAACCUCAAUACAGAGAAGUAAAGCCAGAAUGUGAUUUGUGUUUGAACUUAGAUUUAUGUGGGUGUUUUACACGUGAUUUUGUGAUUAGAAAAUAGUCGAAUGCGAUUAGAAAAUAUUUGAACUUUGUUGUCAAAUAGUACCUAAAGAUUUCUCUAUUUAGACUUCUUCCAAAACUUGGUGAGAGAUAUGAUUUUGUGGGGUAUGGGAAAUUAUGUUAUGUUAAUAAAAAUCUGUGUUUUGUUGGGUC